AUGUCUUCCUCAUCAAGUGAUGAAGUUGAUGAAGCCUUAGAAGAAAUGGUCGACCAAGUUGUUGAUAAUUACAUCGACUCAGUGAUUCAUGGUCACCCCAAUAAGUCCAAAAGACGGGCUUAUAUCAAAAGAGCUCGGGAACAAGGACACAAUCAGCUAUGGAACGAUUAUUUCAAUGAUAAUCCUACAUACCCACCGGAAAUGUUUAGGAGGCGUUUUCAAAUGAACAAAUCAUUGUUCCUUCGCAUUGUGGAACGUAUAAGUAAUGAAGUUCCAUACUUUCAGCAAAGACGAAGUGCUUGCGGAAGGAACGGACUAUCUCCACUUCAAAAGUGUACGGCAGCUAUAACUAUGCUGGCAUAUGGUCAAUCGGGAGAUACAUAUGACGAAUAUCUCCGACUUGGUUGUAGUACAGCACGUUUAUGUUUGGCAAAUUUCACUGAUGCAAUAAUACUAUUGUUUGGAGAUGAAUAUCUACGAAGCCCUACAGCCGAGGAUCUUCAACGAUUACUCGAUGUUGGAGAGGUACUGAGGUUUCCGGGAAUGAUAGGCAGCAUCGACUGUAUGCAUUGGGAGUGGAAAAACUGCCCAACGGCUUGGAAAGGUCAGUUCACACGGGGUUCUGGAAAGCCGACAAUUGUCUUAUAA